CCAAGUCUAGCGCGUUUCGCUAAAAGAUGGCUUCCUUGCCCACCGGAAAGAUGGGUGACCGCUCCGGCUCAAUGGCAUACCAUCGAUAACGGGCGAGGAGGGGGACGUGCUCCAAACUCCUAAGCACGCCUUCCCUUAUUCCUUGGGUAGCCUCUCGGUCCCGGGUCUGCGCCUCUAUGGUGGCCGCCGAAGUCGCUUUGACAGCGGAGGAUUAAGUAGACGCCUGCUCGAGAAUUCGCCUUGUCUCCCCGUUUCGAGGCCCCCCCCCCUUUUGAGCAGGAUGGAAAAAAAGAAAAUUUUAAUGAAAUCCCGUGUUGCUGCCUCCAACCUCCUGAGAACAUUACAUUCUCUCUAUCAGUUUGGACAUUUUUGUGAUGUUACAAUAUACACAAACCAGCUGGGUAUCCAACAAGAAUUUUGCGUCCACAAAGCUGUUUUAGCAGCUUCUAGCAAUUACUUUAAAAGCCUUUUUCUCAAUAAUGAAAUGAAUAACGUCAAAAGCUGCGCAGUGAUCCUCCAGGAUAUUGAAGCUGAAGAAUUUGUCUCAUUCCUGAAGUUUGUCUACACUGCAGAGUUGGAAAUUGAAGUGGACAGACUGCACCAGAUCAAGGAGGUCGCUAAGAGAUUUGAGUGCCAAGAUCUGCUUGAAAUUGUUGAAGAAAUGAAGGUUGUAGGUGGAAACUUGGAACCAAGUGUUCCUUUGGAAAAAAACAAAGGUGUUAGAUUGCCUGGGAAUCAAGCAGAACUUGGAGGAGAAAAAGCACAGUGUGAUUUAUCUCAUGUUUUGGCUUCUGCACUGAUGAAGAAGAAUCAUUUGGGGAAAGGAACGAACCAUUCAAAAUCAACCACCAACUUUAAUGAUAUUAAAAAUAAACGUGUAAACCCUAAUGAAGAUAGGAUUGCGAGUUGUAAUUCCAAAGAUGAGUCAGCAACGGCGUCUGAGCAUAUCAGCGAGACUGGCUGUCCUUCAAUAAACAAAGAGGACUUGAAGGAAGCCCAUAUUGCUUUAAACAGGAUGCUGCCUGACCAAAACGAUGAAAGUAGUUUGACGCUUUCUAAGGCCAAACUCAGAAAGUCAAUCCGCAAUAUACCAAAAGCCUUGCCAAGAUCAUAUGCCUGUGACAAGUGUAAUCAUUUAUUCCAUUUUGCUGAGCAGUACCAAUCGCAUAUUGAUAUGGAGCAUAGCACAAGCUUGGGAAUUAAGUAUAGCUGCAAUAUAUGUAGCCAACUCUUUCCCAAUUAUCACAGUCUAAGGCAACACAGGCUCACUGUCCACAACCGACAGCGGACCUUCCCAUGUUUGCAGUGUGACAAAAAGUUUCAGUGCCAGAAGGAUAUCGAUGCUCAUAGCCGCACGGUUCACAAAAAGAAGCAGCAUCCUCUACAAUGCCCCUACUGUGACAAAGUCAUCAGCUCUAAGUGUGGCCUGACAGUUCACAUACGAACCCACACAGGAGAGAAGCCUUAUAAGUGUCAGUGCUGCCCAGCCAGUUUUGCUCAGAGGUCAGCCUUUAAUACUCACGUAAGAAAGAUACACGAAUCCAAGAAAGAUGGGAAAUGCAUGCCAGCUUACUGGACAAUAGUUCCACCAGCAAAAAAAGUAGAUGUGAUAGAUAAUAGAAUCAACAGGAGUAACAAAACGCAACUCAAGGUGCCAAAUAAUGAUCUGCAAAAGGAAAUACUUGGCAAAGCUACUCAGGAGCCUGAGGGAGAAUCUAGUAGAUCUCUUCCAGAGGAAGCACAAUCUGACAACCAAUCAAACAAGAAGCUGGAACUAGGUACUGAAAAUAAUACUAAAAAGGGGGAAACUUGUAGACAAGAGACUGUGGAUGGGAAAGGAAAUGGAGAAACAGUUUAUGAAGCAGGCGUAUGCAGCAAUAAAGACAGUGAGGCCUUCUCUUCAGAUGAUAAUCACAAUGAGGACUCAAAUGAUCACGAUACAGAAGACCCCGAAUGGGAUAUAAAUUGCAAAGUUAACAAAAACAAGGCCAUCCCAACAUCUGCUUACAUCAUAACUUGUGCCAAAUGCACCGAGAAGUUUCCGUCACGGAGGAAAUACGUCACCCACUGCAAAGAAAUUCAUCAUUCCUUGCCCGGGAAAGUAUAUCAGUGUGAUGUUUGCAGCAAAUCCUUUGCAAGUCACAACAGCUGGAAAGAGCACCGAGCCUGCGUUCACACAGAAGACAGGAAGUUUGCCUGCACCCUGUGCAAUGCCACUUUUAAAAGGAAGAGGGAUGUGAGGACUCACUCUGUGAGGAAGCACGAAGGUCGAGUGAAGCGGCCUCUCUGCUCUGUCUGUGGGAAAAUCCUGAGCUCCAGAACAGCGCUUGUCUUUCACAUGAGGACCCACACGGGAGAGAAGCCAUAUCAGUGUGGCAUUUGUGGCUCAAGGUUUGCUCAGCCAUCACAGCUCAAGAUUCAUACCAGGUCACACACUGGUGAAAAGCCAUAUAUCUGUGAGGACUGUGGGGCAUCUUUUGCUGAUAAAGGCAAACUUAAUGGCCAUAAGAGGACACAUACAGGAGAACGCCUCUUCAAAUGUGAUGUGUGUGGGAAACAUUUUGCUACCAAUGAAUAUUUAAAAUGUCACAAGCGUUGUCACAUGGGAGCUAAGCCGUACAAGUGCGAUGUGUGUGGGAAAACCUUUGGAUUGAGAGCUUCAUUAGCCCAACAUAGCAAUGUUCAUGCAGAGACUCCUCCUUAUUUCUGUGAGCAGUGUGGAAAGACGUUUACUCAGCAAGGAGCUCUAAGACGUCACCAGCGUAUUCACACGGGAGAAAAGCCCUAUAAAUGCAGGGCUUGUGAGAGAACCUUCACAGAUAUGUCUACCCUGAGGAGGCAUGUAUUGGUCCAUGAUCGGAAUGCUCAUUGGAGAAGUUUCUUAAUAGAUCUUACUAUCAAAAAGGAUCAUAACUGGUCCAAAAUAGAGACUAUGUCCACUAUUUGUACGGAAGAGAAUUCUACUACAGCUUGGUCUGAUUGCCAAGAGAAAUGCUACACAUCAGAAAACACAAAUGUUAAAAAAGUAGAACAGAUACCAGGCAGUAGCAAUGUGAAAGAAUCUGAACCUACCCUUAUGCUUUUAUAGCUAUUAACAAUUAAAGUUCAAUAUGGAUAUAAACUUCUCAUAUUGUUUCUAUUUUUUCCCUGUAUAGGAAGAUUCUCCAAAUGCCUGUAGGAUCCACAAAUAGAUAUGGCGUCAGCUUAGAUAUCGAAUGUUUUCUAGGUGAGCUCUUUCUCUUAGCUUAAAUGCUGAUGUUUUAAACAGCUUUUGAGGACCAGACAGACAUAAUAAACAAGUUCUGUCAAGUUGCCUGCGAUCAAACCACUAUGGGCCAUACUGAUAGUCAUGUGCAGGUCAGAGAGUGUUCAUCCUUGUUUUAAAGGAAAGAUAUGGCCAAAGUUGAAAAGGGUAAUAGUUAAUGGACAUGAUUAAAUAUAAACGUAUAAACAUACAAAACACCCACCUCCAUCAACAGGGAUGUAUGGCAUUCAUGUAAAAUAUUGUACAUGGGGGCAUGUCAUUUUAUGUCUUCUUUGAGAGCUUAGGAAAUGUGGACUGGGUGUUUCUAGAUAUCCCUUCCUGCAACUGUUGAGCACAAGGACCAGAUAGCCUCUAAAGCUAAUCAACUUUGUGUACUUUAAAGUGCAAAGAUCCCUGAGUUCAAUUCCUAGUGGAAUCCGGUCACCCACAUCUGAAGAAUUUCAAUAAGCAUAAAACAAGACAUAUGCUGUCUCCUUGUGGUGAAUGUAAUUUUUAGAGCAGCAAUUCUCAAAUCCUUUGGUCUUAAGACCACUUUAGGCCAGGGAUCCCCAACCCCCGGUCCGUGGACCAGCACCGGUCCGCAGCAUACCAGAAACUGGUCCACAGAAACAAACGAAGCCCCAUCUGCAGGAUGCAGGCAGCACACGAAGCCACGCCCCCCUCUGGUCCACGGAAAAACCUCUCUCCACAGAACCAGUCCCUGGUGCCCCCACAAGGUGGGGGGGCUCUGCUUUAUGCCCUUACAAAUGAUUUGAGAAUACAAAGAAUAGGAUAUAAAGUGAGAAAAAGUCAUUGAUGAAGUGAGGGUUUUGAUGUGGAAUAGACAUUUGAGAAAGGGCAGGAUCUUGAAAUUCACAGAAUGUCAAGAAAUAUUGGUGUUCAAUCUCCAUUUCAGGAGCUGCAGGAAAACUGAUUAGAGCAUGUUAGAUUGGUAUCUGGAAAAUAUUUUAUAGACCAUCAGCUUGUUAGCAUAUCAGAUAGGAGGCUGCCCGGGUUACUAAGUGAUUCAUCUACCUGAGCAGUAAUCAACCAGUUUUGGAGGGAUAAAAUAAGCUUUAUUAGAAAUUCUUAUUCAGAUAUCACUACCUAAUUAAUAUUGUGUUACACAUACUGUCAAGAUUUUUGGGAUACUGUAGAAAUGCAAUAAACAAGCAAAAUUCUCUUCAAAAGAAGCAUCUUGUAAAAUAGGAAUGAUCUGGUAUUGUGCUUAGACUUAAAUGCGUAUUAAAUAAAAAUGGUAAAUGUUGAAAGUUUUA